AAGGGGUUUCAGAUAAACUAGAGUCUCAUUAACGCUGAGGAUUAGCGAGUAGAUGUGACAGCAAACACGGACAUUCCUCAGCAAGCCAAGCCCAGCCUCCUCAGGACAUGGAGGAAACUGAAACAGAACCGCGACUGCCCUCUUUAUGAGCGUUGAUGGACGCUCUCAGUGCAGCUGUGACAUCUCUCUCACCCAGGAUCCAGACUACUCCAAAAAGACAGAUCUCUAUCGCCUGAAGAAUGAACACCAGCAGCCACCAGGAAGUUUCUGCACAAAUUCAUGACACAGAGUUUGGGGGUCCACCUUUGCAAAAGCAGAAGAGGAUCAUCUACUUUUCCAGCGGUGAAACUCUGGAGCUGGAGGACCCUGAAGAAGACGAGGCAGAAGAGCAGCCGUCAAGAGGAACCCCCUUCAAAGAACCAGGAGGCAGGCCCAGGAUGUCGUUCAAGAAUGUAGCCAUUGUAGUUGGGAGGAUGUCACUGCUGGCUUGUGAUUUCCUUGGUCAGAGACUGGCUGGUGCUCUCGGACUGAAUGCAGCCAAAUAUCAAUAUGCAAUAGAUCAGUAUCACCGUGAACACAAGAUAACAGAGAAUGACCACGAAGACCAGGCAGAGAACAUCCACUCUUCCCCUGGGCUGGGUGGGAGUCAUUAUGGAGCUACGGGAGACGUACGCAGUCCCUCUGACCCCCAAGAGAGCUGCGAUGACAAACAUAGAGACAAAGGAUGUCAGAACAGAGCCUAUCAAGACGAUAAGGAUGACUAGACAUAAAACUGAAGAAAGUAAAAGAGAGAAGAAUGAAAACCUGAUGUGCAAUGUGAAUUUAUGUUUGAUGCUUUAAUAAUAGCAACUCUUUUUGUUGAAGCAGAACAAAGAUACAAAACACACUGAGGUAAGUGAUGUCAGAACCCUAAACUGCACCAUAUCAUCCCUACAGUUUAACAUCCUUCUAAUGAGAUAUCAGAGAAAAGAAUGCUCAAUGUUUUCUUCGGUUAUGAGGAGCCAAAAGUAGCUCAGAUCUACCUCUCCCUAACCUAUUGGUGGGUGCAGCCGGUUAGCUGGGAAAAAGUGAGCGAUUUGAACUUUUCCAAAGACAAAUUCAGCUGAUUUAUAACAGGAUUAAGUCACUAAAAACAUGGACAGCCCUGGUGAAAACUAAAGCAAUACCAUCUAACACUCAUUUUAAAGUAAAAUUACAAUUGGAAGCAAUGAGUAAAAGGAAUGUUAAGCAGCCGACUACAGAGUGGCUACCUGAGUAGAUGGCCUGACAAAUCUACCAUCUAACAUCAGUGUAAAGGUACAAUAUUCUGCCAAUUUAGCAGAUAUUCAUUCUACAUUUUUGCUUAAGCCUGUGUAUUAAAAUCAAAAUAACAAAUAUACAAUAAACACAUUUUACUGUAA